CUCUCAAGCAAAGCCAGGAACUCGUUCGGAUCUCGUACAAUGGAAUCUAGGUCGUCCCCGCAACUCGCGUGUAAACAAUGUCGCGCGAGAAAGGUUAAAUGCGAUCGACGAAUUACGGGCUGUAUGCGCUGUGAGAGGUUGGAAUUGACGUGUAGUUAUGUCGCGAAUGAUACUAUUGAGGUAUCGGGUGGUCAUGAACAAGACUUGACGCAGGCGGGUAUCAAGAGACGGAGGAUUCUGAGGGCUUGUGCGGCUUGUCGGAGUGCUAAGUCCAAGUGUUCGGGGACAUGUCCUUGUAGCCGAUGUCAAUCGCAAGGACAGGAAUGUGUCUUUGGGGAUGAACCGGGUAGUUCCAGUAUCGACAUUGGCAUGGAAGCACAUGCUUCGCCAGCCAGUACUUCCCAGUCUCACUAUGGAUCAGUACCCAGUCAGGCAUCGCCAAUGGACAUCUCUGCCAGUGUAACUGGCGAUGCGCAGCGGGUCUUUGAGCUUGAGAGCCGUGAUACAAUACGUCAAUAUCUAGAUACAUACUUCGACAAAUCAGACAUUGCCGACUGUGUCUUCCUUCAUAGAGCGACAACAAUUGCUGAAUGGAGUCAAGGAAAGCUCGAAAAAUCUCUCCUCAAAGCAAUCUGCGCCUCAGCAUUGCGACUCGCACCAACAUAUCAUGCCGACAGCUCACCUGCGCAUACCUGGAUAAAGCAAGUCCAACAUGAACUGGUCAAUCACAUGGGCGACAUGUCAGUGCCAAAACUUCAGGCUCUCAUGUUGGUCAUUAAAUUUCUGUUCUCGAUGCGCUUCACUGGAGAUGUCUGGGUUCUUCUUUCGAUCGCAUCAAGGGUCGCAUUCACCAAGAGGCUCAAUUAUGAACGUCCAGCUAUCGACCCAGUUAGGCAAGAGUGUCUUCGACGGUUGAUGUGGUCCAUAUAUGUUAUUGACAAGGUCUUCUCCGGCGGUAUUGAGGAUCUCACUGUUUGUCCGACGCAAAGAAUGCAUAUUCGAUUGCCGAGUAGUCAUCAUAACUUCCAACUUGGUUCAAGAUCAAAGGCUCCAUUUCUUCGCAGUAAAAGCGACAAUGACACAGAUCUGAACGUCUUGGCCUUCUUGAUGAGACUGUACGACAUUCGAGAUCGAGUUCUUAGGUACACAAGACAGGUCAUCCUGAGCGGGGCAAGUCCGUAUCUCAGUCGCGGACAACUUCGCUCAUUGGACCUCGAACUGACAUCCUUUGAAGAGUCGUUACCGGAUGAGUUGCAGCUCACUGAUAAUAGACUUAUGAUAAUGUGUCACUCCGACGAGGCACGCACAUAUACGACACUCCAUACCAUUCUGUUCAGUUCUCGCUGCGAUCUUCACCGGUUUCUCAUUCUCGGUAUUCGAGAAGCUGUGUCACCAGAAGCAGUGAACCAAACACCAAGAGAAUACAUCGACUACUGCCAACAACAGUGUCUACAGACGGCACUGAAGUAUAUAGACAUGUGGUUCAAGGUCCGACAAAUGGAGACGAGUAGCCAUGUCGGUACACCAACAUUUGCUGUAGUGACAUAUCAGUUUGUCAAGAUGGUUGAUCAUUUGGCCGCUCUACUACCAUUACGUGGGGAAUCAUCGUUGCCAGUGAUCAAGCAGAAGUUCAUGGAUAUUCUACUCAUUGUGUCACGAAGUCGAGCUGAGGUUGGAUGGGUCGGGUCAUGCAUCACUGAUAUCGAGAAUCUCAUACCACGAUUGGGAACCAGACAUAUAUCGCCCGGCUCACCUAGCGCUUCGCCGGGAGCACUUCGCUUACAGGAAAAGCUCCAUCGUCGUUCAAAGCAUGCCUUUGCUCCAGACGAUGAAGAGGAGGAAGAUCCAGCUGUUAGACCGCCAGAGUCCAGUACUGGCGAAGAGAUGCCUGAGACUUCCCUUGAGUCCACAGUACUCGAGAACCCUGCAGGGCAGGAUAUUUGGUCUUUUCCAAUUCAGGGUGAUGAACAGGGUCUGACUGGGUCAACUGGAGAAGGGUCUCUUGGCUCGUUCUCGUCUCUUGGAUACCCGCUCAUUAACUAUGACUCGAUUAACUCAGCUGACAUGGUGUUCGGAGACCAAGAACUUGGUUUUCCAUUGGAUCCUUUUGAUCUUCAGAUGAAUGCUUAUACUGAUGCCAAUGCACCGCAGUAUUAGUUAGCUAGUUGGCAAUCUUAAUACAGGAUACCAAGGCCUC